CAACGUACAAUGAGCAACGAAUCUAGAGAUGGCCAACAACGUGAAAACAAACUCUCCACUCGUCCCCUGGAUACAGAGAUGCCCAUGCCAGUCAGUGACCUGAAGAUUGAGUACACCAAGAUUUUCAUGAACAAUGAGUGGCAUGACUCAUGCUGUGGAAGGAGAAUCCCAGUGUACAAUCCUGCUACAGGAGAGCUCCUUUGUGAGGUUGAGGAGGGAGACAAAGAAGAUAUAGACAAAGCUGUGAAAUGUGCCAGGCAGGCUUUUCAGCUGGGGUCGCCAUGGAGACGGAUGGAUGCUUCGGAAAGAGGUCGACUCUUGUGCAAACUUGCCGACCUAGUGGAACGGGAUCGUCAAAUAUUAGCUACCUUGGAGGCCAUUGACUCGGGAAAACUUUUCCUGGUUGCUUACUUUGUGGAUUUAGUUGGCACAAUUAAAACCCUGCGUUACUAUGGGGGUUGGGCUGACAAGAUUCAGGGGAAAACUAUUCCUGUUGAUGGUGAAUAUUUCACAUUCACAAGACAUGAACCAAUUGGAGUAUGUGGUCAAAUUAUACCAUGGAACUUCCCAUUGCUCAUGUUUGCAUGGAAAAUUGCUCCAGCUCUGUGCUGUGGGAACACUGUGAUCAUCAAGCCAGCGGAACAGACCCCUCUCACUGCACUCCACAUGGCCUCCCUCAUCAAGGAGGCUGGCUUUCCCCCUGGAGUUGUGAACAUUGUGCCAGGAUAUGGGCCCACAGCCGGACAUGCCAUUGCCCAGCACAUGGACAUAGACAAAGUGGCUUUCACAGGUUCAACUGAUGUAGGAAAAAUUAUCAAAAAGGCUGCUGGCAACAGUAAUCUGAAACGUGUCACUCUGGAACUUGGUGGGAAGAAUCCCAACAUUGUUUUUGCAGAUUCUGACUUGGAGCAUGCAGUGGAACAAGCCCACCACGGCUUAUUUUUUAACCAAGGCCAGUGCUGCCUUGCUGGCUCCAGGGUCUUCGUUGAGGAGCCUAUUUAUGAUGACUUUGUCCUCAAGAGCGUGGAGAGGGCAAAGAAGAGAGUCCUGGGAAACCCUUUAGUCCCUGGAGUGGACCAGGGCCCACAGAUUGAUAAAAAGCACUUUGACAAAAUCCUGGAGCUGAUCGAAAGUGGGAGGAGAGAGGGGGCGAAGCUGGAGUGUGGGGGUGGCGCAUGGGGCCAGAAGGGCUUCUUCAUUCAGCCAACAGUCUUCUCAGAUGUCACGGAUGACAUGCGCAUUGCUAAGGAGGAGAUAUUUGGACCAGUCCAGCAAAUAAUGAAAUUCAGCAGCAUCGAGGAGGUGAUCAGACGGGCAAACAACACACACUACGGCUUGGCAGCAGGAGUUUUCACCAAUGACAUUAACAAAGCUCUCACCAUUUCUGCUGCUUUGCAAGCUGGAACAGUCUGGGUGAACUGCUACAAUGCUAUGAGCUCUCAGUGUCCAUUUGGUGGCUUUAAGAUGUCUGGAAAUGGAAGGGAGAUGGGAGAGUACGGGCUCCAAGAGUACACAGAAAUAAAGACUGUGACUAUUAAAAUUCCACAGAAGAAUUCCUAA